AGUUUUUUCGCCGGAUAAGAGCCGGAGGGAGACUCCAGUGGCCGUUCAUCAUGCGCUAAACGGAGCAGCGAAAGGACAACGGCGAUAGGACAACCGAGCAGAGGAACGAGCGAGCGAGCGAGCGAACGAAGGAAGGAAGGAAGGAAGGAAGAACCAGUCAAAGGACACACCAGAAGAGCAGCGGCCGCCCCCCGCCUCCCCCCCUCCGCUUCCCGCUGUCCGCACCACCCACCACCCACGGAAAGAUGCCAUCCAUAGCCAACAGCAGCAGCAACUUCCUGACUGCCAACGAUGCGCGUCUCAGUUACGUUGUAGAUCAUGUGGCAUCCUCAACGGCAUCCUCAUCCGUAUCCUUAACCACAUCCGGAUCCGCCUCCGCCUCCGCCCUCGAUGCUGCCUCCGCCUCCGCCUUUCCCACAUUCAGCCCACCGCGGAUUGAGAGUCUGGUGGCCAGCUCUGCGGAGCAGGACUUGAGCAGCUUCGGUGACGUGACAUUCGACAUCUUCGACGACGAUGACGAUUUGUUCGGCUCACCGAUGGCCUUCGAUGCCACCGAGCAGGGCCUGUGGAACGGCCGCUUCGUGCCGCCGCCGCCGCGUCCCCCCUUCUUCGUCGACGAGCCGGUGCUGAGCGAUGGCCUAACCACGUGUGAUUUAUGCUCCUGGGCCAUGCCCACGAAGAACACCUUCAUGUUCGAGGGUACGAUAGAAAAGGCCACGGAACUGGGCUGGCCGCUGACGCUGAUCAUUGUGUCGGUGCUGUCGGCGCUGCUGGGCGCCAUCAUCAUGAUUGCUGUGGUGCGAUGUCGCCGCAAAAAGUCCUCCAACAAUCGGAAUGACACGCACGUGCAGUGGUGGUCCCGGAACAAGCGCGCCCACGGCAAUAGCCUCAGUGGAGCGGGCGGCGGCAGUGGUGGGGCCGGUGCCAGUGCCGGGAGCAGCGCCAACCUCCACCACCACCCCCACAAUGGGAGCAACAACAACAUCAGCAACAACAACAACCAUUUGCGGCGAAGCAACAUCUAUACGGCACACCCGGCGGACAGCAUACGAUGCCCGUUGCCGCUGCCACUGCCGCUGCCACUGCCACUGCCACCAUCCUCGUCAUCGCCCACGCUGGGGGGCACAGUCAUGGCCAUGACCAUGUCCCCAUCAUCAUCAUCCACAGCAGCAGCAGCGGCAGCGGCAGUGGGAGCGAAUGGAGCAGCAGCCAGCGCGCCUCCGGGCCAGCACUACUUCCAUCCAUAUCACCAGCAGCAUCAGCAUCAUCCACAUGCACAUCCACAGCAUCCACAGCACUCGCAGCACUCGCAGCAUCCACAGCAUCCCCAUCAUCAGCUCCAGCUGCAGCAUCAGCAUCAGCUCCACUCGCAUGCACAUCAUCCGCAUCAUCAGCAGUCGUUGCAACAGCAGUCGUUGCAUCAUCAUGUGCCGCUCUACCCGCAUGACUGUGACGAGGACGCCGCCUACGAGGAGCCCGAGUACCAUCAGCCCCAGCAGCUGCGCUCGGCCCACAGCUGCUCCUCCAUAUCGUCGGCCUCGCUUUCGGUUUCGGUCUCGGCCCCCUCCUCGCCAGUGCCCACCGAGGCCUCCUCCUCCGCCGGGCUGGCGGCAGCGGCAGCCAUUGCCGCCUGCCACUGGCCGCAGGCCACUGCCAGCACGAUGGUGAUUGCCAGCUGAGAGUCGGUCGGCGGCUGCUCCUGGACGGUGCAGCCACAGGAGGCACCAGGAGGCACCAGCACCAGCACCACCACCACCACCAGCACCAGCAACUGGAUCUGGCAGUGACAUGUUGCCCCGCAACAACAUUUCACCGGUGGCAGUGGCGGAGGCGG